GGCAGGUUUCCCCUGCAAAGCCCCAAGAGCUGCAGAGAUGUGGCUGCAGCUCCAGGCCUGGCUCUGCCAUGCUCACAGUGCCAACAUCGUAUGUUCCUCUGCUGCCAGCCCUGUGGGUGGGCAACCCGUGGGCUCCUGGGGCACCGAGCUCAUAGGCUGAGGCUGCAGUAUGAACAACCACAGGGAUGCGCAGCAAAGGGAAUGCUUUCCUCCCUGGACUCCCAUAGCAGCAUUUCAGCCACACAAAUGCCUUCUCCCAGCUGUGCCUCUGCCUUCCUGCUCCCUCCUGGGCUCUGCUUCCCUCCUACAGCUCUCACCCUAACAGUAACCCUUGGCAUCAGCCGCAUGUACAGAGCUGUGACACGCGCACAGCUUCAAUGCUGCAGCAUUGCUAUGGGCUGCGUGCAGCCGUGGGGUGCUGGGCUGCUCUGCUCUCUGAGCAGGUCCAUCUCUGAUGUCCCAGGGUGGGGAACGCAGCCCAUCAACAGAGAUUUUGCUUUGGAAUCAGAGCUAUGGAUGCAGGGGAGCUCCUGCAGCAUGGAGUUCCCCAGGGACGCCCGUCCUGGCACGGGAUGCUCCCAGCAGAGCUGCCCCCUGCACCAUUCUCUGCCGUGGGCAACGAGCUCCAUCCCACCUACCCCAGCCCCACCAGCUCACGGUCCCCCUGCCCGCACAGGGCAGGAGCUUUUGAGCUGAACGGAAAACCCUUGACGCUGCCCCACUGAUGUUUAUAGAAAGCAGCAGGUAUCGCUCCUUCCUUCCCCUCCAGCUGCUUCUGCAGAACCGUCCCCCGGGCUGAGCUGAGUCACCGCCACGUGCCGCAGUGCUGUGGGAAGCGGGGAGAAACUGACAGAAAUCAACGCUCCACCAGAAGAAAAAAGGGAAAAGAGAGGCUGCCCAGCCUGGCUUGCUUUUUCUAAAGAGACCCCGCGGAGCGUGGUGGUACCCCCGGUGAGGGGGCAUCGCUCCUCCCCACCUGCACCCUGCAUGGUGCCACCCCUCCGGCUGCACAGCCCCGUGCUCACAUCGCUGUUCCCUUCCUCUGCAAAGCCUGGGAAAGCAACAUCACAGCGCCAGCUGUCCUGGCCCAGGGCGCCCUUUUGCUCAGCAGAGGAAUGGUAGAAUCACAGAACAUCCCGAGUUGGAAGGGACCCACAACGAGCAUCGAGUCCAACUCCCGGCUCCACACAGCACCACCCAAACCCAAACCCGACAUCUGAGAGCGCUGUCCCAGUGCCCCCUGAGCUCCAGCAGUGAGGGGCCGAGCCCACCACCCUGGGAGCUGUUCCAUGCCCGCUGCCCUCUGGCACAGAGCCUCCCCCUGACCCCCACCCUGCCCUCCCCUGACGCAGCUCUGUGCCGUUCCUGGGGUGGAAGAGCUCCCAUGGAGAUGGGCGAUGCCGGGGCCGCAGAGCUGUGUACCCUGUGGGACCUCUCCCUGCUGCGAGGACCAGGACGUCCCCAUCCCGUGCCUGGUGACAGUGCCUCCCCCCACGUCCCCAGCCCCCAGCAGCCCGAGGAGCCAAUGCACCGCGGUGUACGCGCGGCCAAUUUGCAUCAAAGGGAUAAGGGGAAGCCCCAGGAAACACAUGGCCCAGGCAUUAAUCAAAUCUACCUCUAAUUAUAAACCUGCAGAGCCGUGCGUGGGGCCGGAUCUGGCGGUGCGAUGGCAGCAGCCGGGGGACGAUAGGAGCUGCAGGAGAGCUGAGUGUCCCAGUGCAGGGCGCGCUGAGCCCGCACCCGGUUCCCUCCCCUCUCGCUGCCAUGGACAGGAUGUGCCUGGGAAGAGCCGCUGUGAGCAACUGCACCAGCCAGCAGUACUGGGACAGCCUCCUCUGCCAGUGCAUCCCCUGCAGCUUCAUCUGCGGGCGCUCGGCCAUGCGGAGGUGCACGGCGCUGUGCGAGUCCGCUGUCUGUAACAGGAGAGCUGGCUUCUACUACGACGAGCUGGUGAAAAAAUGCAUCAGCUGCAGCACGGUGUGCGGGCAGCACCCCAAGCAAUGCGACGCGGCGUGUGGAGGAUCCCUGCUCGCCAGCCGCCCCCCGCCAGCCGCCCUGGUCUCAGCAUCACCUCCUGCGGCCGCGCUGGAGCAGAAGGUGUGCGUGGAGCAGGAGCCGUGGCUGGUGGUGUACCUGCUGCUGGGGCUCUGCCUCUGCGCCCUCAUCUGCUCCCUGGUGCUGGGCUGGACGCACUUGCGGAGGAAGGGGGAGGUGGGCUCCUGCCAGGCCAGCGCCGGGACCUGCCACUGCCGGGAGGACCCCGCCAAGGAUCACCUGGUGGAAGCGGGCAGCGUCGGUGAGGGAUCCACCGGCAGCAAAGCCUCAGAGCCGGUGGAAACCUGUGGCUUCUGCUUCCCCAGCCACGGCUCCGCUGUGCAAGAGACCAAACCGUGCCACGGCCCCUCCUACCACGCAGGGGAACGAGCUGUUGCCUCUCACGCCGGGAUGUGCAGCAUGGGCAGCGCGGGGGCGAUCCCAGACCCCAGCGAUGGCCGCUUCAAAAUCAUAUGCUCCCCUUCACAAGAGAAGACGCCCAUGGUGUGACCGCGGGGUCGGAGGAGGGCUGCUCCCCGUGCCCUGGACCACAGCUGCUUCACCCUCUGUCUCCAGUACCCACUUCCACCAGGACGGGCGGACAAAGCAAAGCCUCUGCCCGAGGGCGGUAGGCUGCAGACUGUUCUCUUCCACUCACCCAAAUCCCAGGUUAGCAGUGACUCCAUCCUCCGGCCUGACUUCUGCAGGCACCUCCACGAAUCCCGGUGCUCGGGGCUGAAAUCCCCCGGGGCUGCUCAUCCCGGUUCCUCCAUCAGCAGCGCUUUGCCUCUGCCAAGGGAACGGACGCACAGCCGGAGCAGGCCGUGCCAAGUGCCCCACAGCCGGCUGUCCUGCUGGAACACCCCACCCUGCAACACCAGCAGCCCCACUGUGCACCCACACGAGUUACAAAGACCCACGAAUUCCACUGCCCUGCUCUCAGGAGCGCUGCAUCUUCCAUCUCUAACAGAGCUUUAGGACGGAGGAGCUGCGCUGGGUGCUGGAAUCACUGCAGGAAUGCGGUUCUGGUGUGAAAAGCCACCAUGGGCCGAGGAGUUUCUGAGAGCUCUGAGUUUUGGUGUGCUGCUGGUGGGGGCUGCCUGACAGGGCCGGGAACAGUGAUGCUUGAAAGCUGCUAUGGAAAACUGGGGGUUCAACGCGUCACUGGAAGUUCUCACUAAAGGAGAGUGCAGGGCUUUUGCUUGGAGAGGAAUCACUCCUGAGAGGACAUCACGGCCUCGAGUUUCUCAGACCAGAGCUUGAGACUUGAAAGAAUACACGUGAGUGUCAUCAGAUGCACGAAUUGGGGACGGGAAAAUAAAGAGCUGGAGAAACCAUGAGCAGAUAGAUAAACCUCACAGCCCGCGCCCGCCCUGCCACGUGUUCCUUUCGUGUCGUCUCAGCACUAAGGCAGGCAGCACUGACCCAAAGCUCCUCAGCCCACACUCGUGGUGAGCUCCCUGCUCCCCCCGGGCACUGCUCAGACUCUGCACUGCCUCAGCUUCCCUUCUUACAGCAUCAGCUCUGCCCCCUGCGCCCCCCCCCCCUUCCUCCAGCCCCUGCUCAAUGGGUGAGGGCAGCAGCCCCAAGCCAUCUAUGCCCUAGGAAGCGGGGAAUGCACACACCCAGGGGCCAGGUCCUUCCUUCCAGCCCUGAUAAGCGGGAGGGGAACAUUCCUCACCAUCAGACGUGGCCUCCCCACCUGGGAAUAUAAAUACAGUUAUCAGCAAAGAAAAGGCAACAGGCAGCAGCUCAGUCAAAUCAGCAGUAAGAAUACACGCAGGCUCUUCGAUAGAGCAGUUAGAUGCUGGAGAAUUGGGAGAAAUCAAUACAUUUGUCAUCACACUGGCAGCAUCCCUCUGUCAGCUGGGCACAGCAAGUGGGGCCAGCAGGUAACGCCUGCUACAAACUGGGAAUUGCGGGCACCGACUUUGAGCCAGAGCAGCCCCUGGGGGUUGAAGCAGCUCCUCACAUCGCUGCUUUUGCUCCGGUUUUCAUUAGGCACCACCAGCAAGGAAAGCUGCACCUCCAGUAGCUGAGCAACAAGAAAACAUCCCACUGACAGCCACGUCCAUCGCUGGUGCGUGGGCAGAAGAUACACGUCAGCAGCAGCCCACAGCACGGCGCCCAGCUUUGCUUUCUUCCAACGCUUCCCCGUAACGGGAGCGGGGCCAGCGGCUGCAGCAGCGGGCACCGCUUGGGGGGCACUGCAGGAUCAGCCUGGCAGCACCGUGCCACACAGCCUGCACUGCUGGGGGCACUGCUUACCUAAAGCUGACGGUCAGGGCUCUGUGAAGAGAAACCUCUCUGUUCUGUAGUGAAUCAGCCCCGUGCAUGAGCUGCGCGGCUGCUCCUCGGCAGAGCAGGCAAAGGCUGCACUCGGGGAAGCCGUAACGAGGGACCGUGCUGCUCGUACGCAGCGGCUGCUCUUACCAUUUUAUCGAGGAGGAAAACGCUCCCUGCUUCUCCAGCAACCUGUGCUGAUCUACUGCUGGAAGCAGAAGGGCAGGACCCGGGGAAGGAUGUGGGGAAGAGAGAAUAGCAUUUGGUACAGAGGAGUUGCGCUUCUAAAACCAAAACAGAGCCCUGAAACCUCCUCUGCUCCCCACCUCCCACUGAAAGCCACCUGCGCCGCACAGAGCUCUCAACAGCUGAGGGAGGUGGGGGGAAAAAGAUGGGGCUGGUUCGUAGAGCUGACCUCGGCCCCGCGUCAUCCGAUGGACGAAGAGCCCCCGCCAGGCCCAGCAGGAGGAGAAGGCAGCGCUCGGGCCGUGGCACUGCCGCGCGGUGGCACUGCUCCUCCGGCAGCGGGAGCAGGGGGGGACGCGGCUGCAGCCGUGGGAAUAACGAGAGGCUGCUCCUCUGCAAGCGCGCUGCAUUAUUAAAAGGCAGCAGAAAGCGUCGCCGAGCAUCUGCACGGUGCUGAGCCCGGCUCCAGCAGGGAGGGAAGAGAGGGAGGCCAACCCCCCCCCCCCGCCUUGUUCUGCGGGUUGCACCAUUCAUCUGCAUUUCUCCAGCCAUUUAUCACUAGUGACAAGAACACCCAGGUUACAUCUUGCAGCGCCCAAUUACAACCGAACGUUAUUUCGAGCACGACGAUAGGGAGAGACAGGUUACGAAAGCGGCGCGCGCCAUCGCCGCCGGAGCAAUCGCUGCCUCGGUGCCUCCCACGCGGGCUGCUCGCUUCUGUGCCUGCUCUGCUCUGCAGGGAGCUUCUCCCUUCCCUCCUGCAAGCUGUCGCAGCCGGCUCUCGCUGCACCAAAGCACCUCGCGCUCUCCGGUCUGCGGCCAGUUCCAGCGCCAUUCCGCCCUGCUUUCGUGUAGCUUCUCUCGGCAGAUGCUCAUUGAAAAACCAAACGCAGCGUGCUUCACUCAUCUUCCUCUGAUCUCUGCUGCUCUGCUCCGCUGCCCGCUUUCCACCCCUCUCACGCAGGUCAGACACCCGUAACCAUUUCUGGAGCGGCAGAUCUAAAGGGUGAAACACAUCCACAUUUGUAACCACCGUGCCUAAGUCAAGCACUGGCUGCUUGGAUACACACGCAGGGCUCAGGGCCACUUUGGUGGGGCCCUUACACCAACAUACGCGGCGCCUAACCCUCAGUACAGCCCUCUCCAGGCUCCGUAAGGGAGAGCAAUGCUGUUUUUGCUCUUUUAAGCUCUGUGUUCUGAAUGGUUUCUCUCAUGGGCUGCAAUUCAAUCCGCAGCCCGGCCUCCUGGGAGCGAGACAGAGCACACGAGCAGCCACUGCUGGUGUCCAGACGGGCCAAGGAGCUGCUUCAAACGGGAGAGAAAAGGGAACAAAACUGCAUUUGUGACAAAGCAAAGGCAAGCUGGUGCACCAGCUGCUGUGAGCUAAGGGCACAGACAGGGAGGCUGCGAAGAGAAGAGUACGCGAGGAGUUAAUGCGUGUGGGAGGAUACAAGGAACCAAUACCAGCCUAGCACAUACCAGGAAAACGUGUUGUUUACUUAAAAACCCAGUGCACUGCAGAAGUGCUCAAUAGCAGCAGAUCUAUCGCUCACUGCUGCCCCCAGCAGCAACCGUUUCCAACAGAUGGUACAUUUGUCAUAGCGAGGUUCUUUCAAGUAUCACACAGAUAUACGGCUUUGGAAAGCAACAGGGAAAAAAAAAA